AUGUUCGUCCUAACGUUGAUGCGGGACAACGUCCGCACGCAUCCCUCCGACUUCAUUAAGCCCAGAGCGCAGGCGCUUGUCGACGGCUUAAACGCAAAGUAUGCGAACAAAGUGCUCCAUAAUGUCGGCCUGUGUAUCCGGGUGUGGGAUAUCGUAGAAGCGUCGGAUGAGACUGUGCAUAUCGUGCAGGAUGGGUCUUCCCAGUGCAAAGUGACGUUUAGGAUGAUAGUAUUCCGGCCAUUCAAAGGCGAGAUUAUGGUUGGGAAAGUUGCGGGGAACGAUCCAAAACAUGGCGUGCGAGUCUCAAUGGAGUUCUUUGGCGAUAUCACGAUACCCCCAGCGUUCCUGCAAGCAGGCACAGAAUUCGACGAAACAGAGGGCGUAUGGGUAUGGCGGUACGACGGCAACGACCUGUACAUGGACAAAGGCGAAAAGAUCCGGUUCCGCAUGGAGGUUGAGCAGUUUACGGAUGUGGGGCCGGUUCGGUUGGGCGAUGAUGAGACGUUGAGGGAGUCGCCAUACAGAUUGCUGGUGUCGGUGGCGGAACCGGGUUUGGGCCUCACGUCUUGGUGGGAAUGA